GCCAAGCUCAGCGGAAACUUUUCCUCGUGCGCAUCAGAUCGUGUUGUUUCAAUGUGUGUGAUUUCUCUCCGGUGCUGAUCCAGAACCGGUUCUGUCAGUAUGUCCGUGAGUGAACAGAUCUCGGACUGGAGUCCGACCAGCGCUCAGGUCACCGUGCUCCAGGCCAGAGGCCUGAGGACUAAGGGCAAGAACGGCACCAACGACGCGUACGCACUCCUGCAGGUGGCCAAGGAGAAGCACGCCACCGGCGUGGCGGAGAAGAGCGUGGCUCCGGUGUGGAACGAGGCGGUCACGUUCGACCUGCCGCCGCCGCCGCCUCACAGCGGAGACCCGGAGCGCUGCAGCCUCCGGGUCCAGGUCCUGCACCGAGCCCUGGUCGGUCCCGACAAGCUGCUGGGUCAGGCGGUCAUCAACCUGCACGAGCUCAGCGCGCAGCGGAGCCGGGACAAGUCCGAAUGGUUCAAGUUGCUGGGUAAGACGGGGAAGCCAGACAAGGAGAGAGGGGAGGUGCUGCUGGACAUCCAGUUUAUGAGAAACAACAUGACUGCCAGCAUGUUUGACCUGUCCACUGCUGGCAAAUCCCGAUCUCGUCUGGGCAAGAUCAAGGACAAAGUUCGCGGCAAGAAAAAAGAAGACGUGACCCAAACUACAGCGCCACCUCUUACCCAGGUUUUGACGGACAGCGAGGAGGAGGGAACUGGAGAUGGCACGGGUGCUGCAGCUAAGGAUGAGAAAAAGAAACACAAAAUUAACUUGUUUUCUACGAAGUCUAAUCUGCAAAAGACUAUGUCUCAGUCCAUGUCUGUUUUACCGGCAAAGAACUCAUCGCUGAGCGGCAGCCAGACGUCUGGUCUAAACAUGGAUGUGGAGGGUAAAAAGAAGUUUAAGUUCAAGAUACAUAAACGCUCUGGCAGCUCAGAUUUUCAAAGUACACUCACUGUUCCGGGCCAAACAAAACACGGACGUUCGUCGUCGGAGCAGAGCAACCUGUGCAUUAAUGGCAGCCACGUGUACUGCGAGGAGCCGCAGCCUCGGAAACCUCGCGUCAGCUCGAGCAUCAGUGUGACCACCUCAGGACACGGCUCUAUGGAGGACGUCCACAGCGUCCAAGGCCCCGAAGGCUCGUCCACGUCCGGUUCCCUCAGGACUGAGAGGCGGUUUUCAUCCUGGACGGAGGAGGAGGAGGUGCCAAAAGUAGAAAAUAUCCGAGAGGAAGAAGCUGAAACGUUCCCAGUGGCCCAUGAAAAGCAAGUUGAGGAAGAAGAAAUGAAAGUGACUGAGAAGCAAAUCCAAGAGGAAGGAGAGAAGGUUGGAAAGGAAACACAUGGCAGACUGUUGGAAGAGCCAAAGAGAAAGGAAGAGGAGAGCGCUGAGGAAGAGGAAAGACGACAGCAGGAGAAGUUAGAGGAAUGGAGGAGGUUUGAAGAAGCCCAAAUUCAAAAGAUGGAGGAAGAGAGGACUAGGAAGGAAAAAGAAGAGUAUGACAGGUUGUUGGAAGAAAAGAGGAGACUUGAGGAAGAGGAAAGGAAAGAGCAUGAGAGAUUGGCUGAGGAACAGAGAAAGGUUGAAGAAGCUCAGCUUAAAAGGGAGGAGGAAAGGAGAGAAGUGGAAGAGGAGAGGGCUAGGAAGGAAAAGGAAGAGCGUGACAGGUUGUUUGAGGAACAGAGGAGACGCGAAGAGGAAAGGAGGUCUGAAGAAAAGAUUAGGCGGGAGAGAGCUGAGGAAGAGAGGAAAGAGCGUGAGAGAGUGGCCGAGGAACAGAGAAGGAUUGAAGAAGCUCAGCUUAAAAGGGAUGAGGAAAGGAGACGAGCAGAAGAGGAGAGAGCUAGGAAGGAAAAAGAGCGUGACAGGUUGUUGGAGGAACAGCGACUCGAGGAAGAAAGAAGGGUUGAAGAAGAGAAGAAUAGGAUAGCUGAGGAAGAGCUUGCUGAAGAAAAGAGGAGACUAGAGAGAAUGGAAAGGGAGCGACUUAGAAGGGAAGAAAGGAUGAGGCAGGAAGAGGAGAUGGCUAGGAGACAAAGGGAGGAGGAAAAGAUUAGGAUGGAAGAGGAGAGAGCUAGGAAGGAAAAGGAAGAAUAUGAUAAACUAUUGGAAGAGAAGAGGAGACUAGAGGAAGUGGAAAGGAAAAGGGUUGCAGAAGAGAAGAUCAGGAGGAAGAGAGCUGAGGAAGAGCGUGAGAGGCUCGCUGAAGAACAGAGAAGAGAACAAGAGAGAAUGGAAAAUGAGAAACUUAAAAGGGAAGAAGAGAAGAUCAGGCAGGAGGAAGAGAGAGUUAGGAGAGAGGAAGAGGAGAAUGAGAGGCUAGCAGAGGAAAAGAGGAGAAUAGAAGAAGAAAAAAGGAGGGUCCAAAGGGAGGAGGAGGAAAGGGUUAGGAUAGAUCAGGAAAAGAGAGAAAAGGAAGAGAUGGUUAGGAAGGAAAAGGCAGAAUAUAAGAGGCUGGCAGAGAAAAGGAGGGCAGAGGAGAAUGAGAGGAGGCAGGUGAUUGAAGAAGAGAGAAUUCAAAGAGCAGAGAUGAUGAGAAAGCAGGAAGAGGAGAGGAUGAGGAAAGAGGAAGAAUGCAAAAGACUGGAAGAAGAAAAGAGGCUGGAGGAGGAAAGGCUUAGGAAGGAGGAGGAAAAGAGGGCAGAGGAGAAUGAGAGGAGGCGGGUGAUGGAAGAAGAGAGAAUUCAAAGAGCAGAGGAGAUGAGAAAAUGGGAAGAGGAGAGGAUGAGGAAAGAGGAAGAAUGCAAAAGAUUGGAAGAAGAAAAGAGGGCAGAGGAGGACAGGCUUAGGAAGGAGGCGGAGGAGGACAGGCUUAGGAAGGAAGCAGAAAUGCAGAGAUUAGCACAGGAAAGACUCAAGGAGCAAGAGAAGCAAAAGAUUGACGAGGAGGCCAGGAGACUUGAAAUGGAGACAUUAACAGGUGGCACUCUAUCACAAAUGUUGGAGCAGAGGAGAAGAAAUGCUGACGGUCAGAAGGACAACAAUGCCGUAAGAAGUGAGUGGAAACGCCACGAUCAAAGAACUGCGUUAUCAGACGGAAGUCAUUCACUGUCGGGUCAAAAGACCACACAGGCAGUGGAGACAGGAAGUCCUGCAGAAAACACAAACCCCUUUGAGGAAGACUUCACAAAUAAUCCUUUUGAGGAAAACCACAGCUCGUCUGCUGGACCUGACGACGGUGCAGCUCCAGUGUCGACGGUCCAACCAAGGUUUCACUCUGCUGUAUCAUCAGUGAGAAGCAAACAUGCUCAUGUGAAACUGACAGUUUCCACUGAGGAGAAGGACCUUACUGAUACCCAGCGAGAGAAGCGUCCAGCUCCUCUGCCUCCAGGGAAGACUCAGUCCAAGACAUGGGCUCAACCAGAGCUGUGUGAAUCUACACCACAUGAAGCUCAAAUGAACAAACAGAGUAAAGACAAAGAUGUCAAAACUGCCAGUGUUGGGCCUCAGCGGGUGGUACAAAAGAUUUCUCCUCUGAACAGUUCCCCCACAGAUACAGAAACCACCCAAAAUUUAAAGCAACCUGAAAACAUUCAAUGUAACACUGGAACAUCAAAAUCAGCCAAACACGGUAAACGUCCUGCACCAUCUAGACCACAUGAAGGACCAUUUUCUGAGCCAAAAGUAGCUUCAUGUCCUAAUAGUAGAGUAACUGGCAACAAUUCAAAUCCCCGGAGCUCAGAGGAAGAACAAGUCCAUGUUGUGCAUGGAUUCAAUCCAUUUGAAGAUGAUGAUGACUUCAUAGCGCAAGAUGAUGUAGUGCCUUCUUGUCAUGCAGCAUCAAUAAAAUGGCCUCCACCCAGGUCCCAGUUUCCUGAUGAAGAUGCUGCCUCUCCAUCUAAACUCAAAUCCUCAAAGGUGGCCCGUGCUCCCCAGCCACCUGCAAACAAGGCAGCCACUGCCAACACUUCAUCCUCCAUAAACACUGAACAAAACAAUGGUAUGUGUCUGAUGUUGCCAAAUACCAAUACAAUCAAAGGAUCUGACCAAGAACCAGAGGUCACCAGCUCUGGUCCUGAACCAGAAGUGUUAGUCAAACAACCUCACACUCCACAGAUCAAUGGGGAAGAGCUGGGUAGGAAGAAGGAUGGGCCCCCUUUAACUUCACGCAGACUUCAACCUGUAAAACCCCUUAAUCCUUUGGAUCUCAAGUUUCCCUCAGUCAACCCAGCAGAAAACAAGAAAUCCACAGAAGGCAUUAACACUCCAAAGGAAACUGAGUUCAAUGGCGGUGGUCUAAAAGGGCCAUACUCCCUCCUGACUCGGGAAGAACUCAUCAAUCUGCUGCUGAAACAGAAGAACCAGUUGUCAGACAAAGACAAAAAAAUAGCAGAGCUGGAACAGUACAUUGACAACCUGCUUGUACGCGUCAUGGAAGAGAAACCAAGUAUUCUCAUGUCCAUGAGCUCAAUGAAGGCACUGUAGAGAUGCACCAAAGACACUUUAUUCCUGAUGUACCCAAUUGCGGUCUUCUCGCAGUAAAUUCCAGAAUUCAAACUUGUGGUUUAUAUUAUGCAAGAUAGGAACAACAAACAUUGAGCAAAUUAAUGAGUGAUCAUGCAUAAAUAAUCAAAUAUAUGUGCACUUAUGUGUUGGAGAAUAGAUUUUUGUCUGCGGGUUUCUGCCUGACUGGACUUUCCUCAUUACAAAGUGAUUAUUACUGUAGCUUUUUUUUUUUUUAAGCACUGUUUUCUUCCUGCCCACUGGUUAUCUCCAGUGUAAACAUUACUGUUAUGCAACAUUCCUGAUGUUGUACUGAAUGAAGUUUACAUCCUAAUUCAACAAAAGGCACUUUAUAAAGCCUGUGCUAUUGUCAGAUUAACAAUUACUUUAAUACAUUUGAAUAGUUUUUUCUUGUUAUGGCUGCUGAAAUAUUGUAUUAAAAUGUGCAUAAUAAAAUUAAUACUUUAAAUGAUUCA